GUGGUUUCUUCCAAGCUGCAGCUUGCAACGCAGACGCCAGAGCUGCAGGCCUCGGCCUGGUGUGACUUGCAAGCCGUUGCAGCGAUGGAGCUGCUGGCUCUGAGUUUAGGGGUUGCGGCGGCUUUGUUUGCCACCGUAGACGUCUGGUACCUGCUGAGGAUGCCCCUGACCAUGCUCUACGCCAGGUGGUUCCUGCCCACGGUCUGGGACCUGCUGGAAGAGCAGACUUUCCGAGGCCUAGUGCUCCCUUCGGACCUGGAUUGCCUGCUCCACAUGAACAAUGCCCGCUACCUGCGCGAGGCCGACGUGGCGCGGUUUGUGCACAUGACCCGCUGCGGGCUGCUCCGGGCAGUGCGGGCCCUCGGGGCUCACACGGUGCUGGCCGCGUCGUGCUGCCGCUACCGGCGCUCCUUGCAGUUCCUGGAGCGCUUCGUCGUCCACACUCGCCUGCUGGGCUGGGACGAGCGGGCCUUUUUCUUGGAGCACCGCUUUGUCAGCGCCCGGGACGGCUUCGUCUGCGCCGUGGUGCUUGUCCGGCAGCACGUGGCGGGGGCCAGCCCCGACAAGGCCGUGUCGUACCUGUGCCGGAGAAAGGUAAGGCUCGAAGGCUUCGAGCCGGUCUGUGGGAUGACCGCACUGAUGUCAGCAGGAAGUCGGUACACCCUAGCACACGGGUUCCCCAUGUGGGGCGCCACACCUUUCCUGGAGCCCCCCAAGUGUCUUUAG